CUCUCCACUCCUUCUCUCUCAUCACACCCCACUCUCUCUCUCUCUCUAUUUAUUUGCAGUUUUCUCAUUUUUUCCGUCUGUAGCACAGAGAGAGAAACACACACACACACACACAUACCGUAUAAGCGUUUGUCUUUGUGUUGGAGCUUUCCCAAGAGUUUUUGCAACUUCAAGCUGUUACCAUGGUGAGGAAGAGGAGAAGUGACAUUCCUGGCUCUGGUGAGGGCUCCGAACCUCAGGAAACUGGUGUAGGACGCGGUGCCGUUCAACGCCCACCUGCACAGCUGCAACAGCCCCACCAGCCUCAACCGCCCUACCAGCCGCAACACCCACAACAGCCACAGCAGCCACAACAGCCACAACAGCAAGGAGGAGGAGGAAGAGGCUGGACACCUCAACGUGGAGGAUAUGGUGGCCGUGGUGGUGGAGGCGGCAGAAUGGCUCCCCCGCAACACUAUGGUGGGCCUCCCGAGUAUCAACAGCAAGGUCGGGGCGGUCAGCAAUAUCAGCGAGGAGGGGGUGCACCACGACGUGGCGCUUAUUCAGGUGGCCGAGGCGAGGCACCAUUUGCUGGUGGGCCCUCUAGGCCACCCGCUCCCGAGCUGCACCAAGCUGCUACCCAGUCCCCGUAUCAAGCGACAAUGACUCAGCCAAUUCAGUAUGGGAGUCCUGCGGAGACACUCAGAGGGGCUAGCUCUUCUUUCCAGCCUCCUGAACCGACAGAUGUAGAAGUGUCUGAGCAGAUCCAGCAACUCUCUAUCCAGCCAGAUGUUGCUCCAAGCCAAGAAAUGCAACCUGCUUCAAGCAAGUCAGUGAGAUUUCCUCUGAGGCCUGGCAAGGGUAGCAAUGGUACCAGGUGUAUUGUCAAAGCGAAUCAUUUCUUUGCUGAGCUGCCUGACAAAGACUUGCAUCAGUAUGAUGUCUCAAUUACUCCUGAAGUCACAUCCCGAGGAGUAAACCGUGCUGUGAUGGCGCAGUUAGUGAAGCAUUAUAGGGAUUCUCAUCUUGGAAAGAGGCUCCCUGCCUAUGACGGAAGAAAGAGUCUGUACACUGCUGGCCCUCUACCUUUUGUGGCAAAGGAGUUCAAAAUAACUCUUACCGACGAAGAAGAUGGUCCUGGAACUGCCAGGCGAGAAAGGGAAUUCAAAGUGGUUAUCAAGUUCGCUGCACGCGCAGACUUGCACCAUUUAGGCAUGUUCUUACAGGGUAGACAAGCUGAUGCACCCCAAGAAGCUCUUCAGGUUCUUGACAUUGUACUGCGUGAACUUCCAACCUCUCGGUAUUCUCCAGUUGGUCGAUCUUUCUAUUCUCCUGAUUUAGGUAAAAGGCAGCCUCUUGGUGAAGGACUGGAAAGUUGGCGUGGAUUCUACCAGAGUAUUCGUCCUACCCAGAUGGGUUUGUCACUGAAUAUUGAUAUGUCAUCCACUGCGUUCAUUGAGCCUCUCCCGGUGAUUGAUUUUGUCACCCAGCUUCUGAACAGAGAUGUAUCAGCUAGACCAUUAUCUGAUGCUGACAGAGUCAAGAUUAAGAAAGCCCUUAGGGGAGUAAAGGUGGAAGUUACUCACAGAGGAAACAUGCGAAGGAAAUACCGUAUCUCUGGUUUGACAUCACAAGCAACUCGUGAACUAACAUUUCCUGUUGACGAGAGAGGCACUAUGAAAUCUGUUGUUGAGUAUUUUCAAGAAACCUAUGGCUUUGUUAUCCAACACACUCAGUGGCCUUGUCUGCAAGUUGGGAAUACACAGAGGCCAAACUAUCUUCCCAUGGAGGUGUGCAAGAUAGUAGAGGGCCAGAGGUAUUCUAAGAGGUUAAAUGAGAGACAGAUUACUGCACUACUCAAGGUCACUUGUCAGCGUCCUCAGGAAAGGGAGCUUGACAUUCUCCAGACUGUACACCAUAAUGCUUAUGCUGAAGACCCUUAUGCUAAAGAAUUUGGAAUUAAGAUUAGUGAGAAGCUAGCGCAGGUCGAAGCUCGUGUUCUACCUCCACCUUGGCUCAAAUAUCAUGACUCGGGUCGGGAGAAGGACUGUCUCCCACAAGUUGGACAGUGGAAUAUGAUGAACAAGAGGAUGGUCAAUGGUGGGACAGUGAACAGUUGGAUAUGCAUCAACUUUUCACGCAAUGUUCAAGACAGCGUGGCACGUAGUUUCUGCCACGAGCUUGCUCAGAUGUGCAGCACUUCUGGCAUGGCUUUUAAUCCUGAACCCGUCCUACCAGUUUUGACUGGUCGCCCAGAUCAGGUAGAACGAGUUUUGAAAGCUCGGUAUCAUGAUGUGACAACUAAAUUGCAGCCCCAUAAGAAGGAGCUUGACUUGUUAAUUGUUAUAUUGCCAGACAACAAUGGCUCUCUUUACGGUGAUCUAAAACGGAUAUGCGAAACGGAUCUUGGAAUCGUCUCACAGUGCUGUCUUCAGAAGCAUGUGUACAGGAUGAGCAAACAGUAUCUUGCCAACGUGUCUCUGAAAAUUAAUGUCAAAGUUGGUGGGAGGAAUACAGUGCUGGUGGAUGCGCUCUCCAGGCGUAUUCCUCUUGUCAGUGAUCGACCAACUAUCAUAUUUGGUGCAGAUGUUACACAUCCCCAUCCUGGAGAGGACUCCAGCCCAUCCAUUGCUGCUGUUGUUGCUUCCCAGGAUUGGCCUGAAGUCACAAAGUAUGCAGGCUUGGUUUGUGCUCAGGCACAUAGGCAGGAACUCAUCCAGGAUCUCUAUAAAACCUGGCAGGAUCCGGUUAAGGGAACCAUGCAUGGUGGCAUGAUCAAGGAACUACUUAUUUCAUUCCGCAGAGCAACUGGGCAGAAACCACAGCGAAUUAUCUUCUAUAGGGAUGGUGUCAGUGAAGGCCAGUUUUAUCAAGUUUUGCUUUAUGAACUCGAUGCUAUACGAAAGGCAUGUGCCUCGUUGGAGCCAAACUAUCAGCCUACUGUUACCUUUGUUGUGGUCCAGAAACGUCAUCAUACUCGAUUGUUUGCUAAUAACCACCAUGACCGACAUGCAGUUGAUAGAAGUGGAAACAUUCUUCCUGGUACUGUUGUUGACUCCAAAAUCUGUCACCCAACUGAGUUUGACUUCUACCUCUGCAGCCAUGCUGGUAUACAGGGUACUAGCCGUCCAGCACAUUACCAUGUUCUCUGGGAUGAGAACAAAUUUACAGCUGAUGCUCUUCAAAGUCUUACUAAUAACCUUUGCUACACAUACGCCAGGUGUACUCGCUCUGUUUCCAUUGUGCCUCCUGCAUAUUAUGCACAUCUGGCAGCUUUUAGAGCUCGAUUCUACAUGGAGCCAGAAACAUCAGACAGUGGUUCAAUGACGAGCAGUGCAGUCGGUGGUAGAGGUGCGGGUCCCGGUGGAAGGACCACUAGGCCUCCGGGGGCUAAUGCUGCAGUUAGACCCCUCCCUCAGCUUAGGGAUAACGUCAAAAGGGUCAUGUUUUACUGUUGAGGUGGUUUAUUAUUAUUAGCCAAAUAAAAUUGCCUUUAAAAAAAACUCGGAUUUUAGAUUGUGUUUUGUCGUCUGCUGAGGUGCUUGAGCUACCCCACCUCUCAUUCGCUCAUCUUUUAUGGUUGGGUCUCUCGAUUGCGGAUUCUUUUAUGGUUUGUGAUUUGUUUGCAUGUUUUGUGUGGGAUUUGUUUACCUGUGGAUGAUUAUCUAUUCAUGAAUUACUGUUUUGGUUACUUUC